UGGACACUCGCUCGCUCCGCAACUUUCCUCCGGAGCUCUGACACCGAAUCCCCCGGAAACUAUGGACCUGUGAGCGGAAGCCAGCGGACCCACGACCCCCUAGUUUAUUCGAACCCUUGCGUGUGCGUGUGUCCGUUUUUGUGUGUUUCUUUUUUCCUUGUUGUUGGAGUUACCGGAGUAGGGGGAACCAAGGGGGGGAACCAUGCCCGUCGCUACCCUGCUGCCGUUCACCGCCGCCCCGAGCAGGAAGUCGGCCGGCCCGACCUCCUCCUUCAGGCUGACGGAGAAGUUCGUCCUGCUGCUGGUGUUCAGCGCCUUCAUCACCUUGUGCUUCGGAGCCAUCUUCUUCCUGCCGGACUCCUCCAAGCUGCUCAGCGGGGUUUUCUUCCACUCCUCCGCGGUGGAGACCAACACCCGCACCGGCCCGGGCAGCGGAGACUCCUCCUCGGGCUCGGCCGGCAGCGACGUCCGGGUCCUGGCCAAGAUCAAGAAGGACCACGAGAAGGCUCUGCUGGAGGCCAAGGACACGCUCCAGAAGCGAGGGGACGAGAUCCAGCAGGAGAUCCUGGCCGACAAGGAGAAACUUUCCAGGGACACUUUGGCGAAGGAGGCGAAGGACGGCGGGCAUUUACCCGUGGUGGAGUACCACCGGCCGCCGGGGACGACCGGGACCGAGCCCCUGGACCCGGAGACCCGGGACCGGCGGGCCAAAGUCAAAGAGAUGAUGAAGCAUGCAUGGGACAGCUACAGGCACUACGCCUGGGGUUCCAAUGAGCUCAGGCCCGUCUCCAAGCAAGGCCACUCAAGCAAUCUAUUUGGAAGUAUAAAAGGAGCGACCAUCGUGGACGCUCUGGAUUCGCUCUACAUCAUGGAUAUGAUGGAUGAAUUCGACGCCGCCACCGAGUGGGUGGAGAAGAACCUCGACUUCAACAUGAACGCUGAGGUGUCUGUGUUUGAGGUGAACAUCCGGUUUGUGGGAGGUCUGCUGUCCGCCUACUACCUGUCUGGGAAAGAGGUUUUCCGUAGAAAGGCGGUGGAGCUGGGUGAAAAGCUGCUGCCAGCUUUCAAAACGCCGACUGGCAUCCCCUGGGCUCUGCUCAACCUCAAGAGUGGUAUAGGUAGGAACUGGCCGUGGGCGUCUGGCGGCAGCAGCAUCCUGGCCGAGUACGGAACCCUGCACCUGGAGUUCAUGCACCUCGGCCAGCUCUCUGGAAAUCCUGAGUUUGCUCAGAAGGUGAUGAACAUCCGGAAGGUUCUCAACCGCCUGGACAAACCUCAGGGGCUGUACCCCAACUACCUGAACCCCAACAGUGGCCAGUGGGGCCAACAUCAUGUGUCGGUCGGUGGCCUGGGCGACAGUUUCUAUGAGUACCUGCUCAAGGCCUGGCUGAUGUCAGACAAGACAGAUGAGGAAGGCAAGAAGAUGUACUACGAGGCCCUGCAGGCGAUCGAGACCAACCUGAUGAGGAAGUCCAGCGGCGGCCUGACCUACAUAGCGGAGUGGAAGGGGGGGCUCCUGGAGCACAAGAUGGGUCACCUGACCUGCUUCGCGGGCGGCAUGAUGGCGCUGGGAGCCGACGGGGCGCCCGGCGACAAGACGGGUCACCAGAUGGAGAUGGCCGCCGAGAUCGCCCGCACGUGUCACGAGUCGUACGUCAGGACGGCCCUGAAGCUGGGUCCAGAGGCGUUCCGGUUCGACGGGGGGGUCGAGGCCAUCGCCACCCGCCAGAACGAGAAGUAUUUCAUCCUGCGUCCCGAGGUCAUCGAGACCUACAUGUACAUGUGGAGGUUCACCCACGACCCCAAGUACAGGGAGUGGGGCUGGGAGGCCGUUCAGGCGCUGGAGAAGCACUGUCGGUUGGAAGGAGGCUACAGCGGCGUCCGGGACGUCUACGCUUCGUCUCCGAACCACGACGACGUCCAGCAGAGCUUCUACUUGGCAGAGACGCUGAAGUAUCUCUACCUGCUCUUCUCUGAGGACGACCACCUGCCGUUCGACCACUGGGUCUUCAACACCGAGGCUCACCCGCUGCCCGUCAUCCGCAAGGACAAAACAGAAAUACCCAACGAGGUGGAGUAGUGGACCUCACCCCCCACCCCCACCCCACCACCCCCCCCACGUGCGAGAACCUCUGAUGCUGAAAACCUGAGCCUCCAGCUGGAGUCGCCCACUGACGCCUCUCGAUCGGAUUUCACUUUUUUUUUUUUGUUUUUGAAACGGGAUCUAAACUGAAGUCGGAGCUGAGUUCUCGCUGUCGAGUCCAGUUUUUGUUGUUGUGGUUUUUUUUUUGUUGUUCUUAAUUUUUGACACUGAGGCGGACGGACGCACUUCAUGUCGGACGGCGAGCUGACUUGAGGUCAAUGUGGUGAAUGACAGGACGACUCAGCGAUUUCCUCGGACCGUCGGUGUUAGUUUUUAAUAUUCUCUGAUUAUCAAACUGGUAUUUUCUGAAUUAGAUUCUUUUCAUUUAUCACGACCAAUUUUCACAUUAUCACAAUCAUCAUGUUGUUUAUCACGGAGGAGAAAACUGACAGGACGUGCACCAGUCGACACAGUGGACGCUGGUUUCUUUGAGGGAAUCGAACCCAGUUGGACCUGUUUGACCCGGCGAGCCACAGGAAGCUGCGUUCACUUCCCAUCGUCUUGUUUCCUGUCUGCUGAGCGGCUUCCAGAUCUGAAGAGGAACCAAAUCCACUUCCAGAGAAUCCUUCGGUGUUUUCUAAACCCCCCCCCCGGUGGUUGUUUGUGUGUUGGAGAAAAGACGCAGCACAACCCGAGCCUCUUUUUAUAAACUGUCUGCUUCCCGCCCCCCCGCCCGCCCGUCUCACUUCCUCCCCGGUUGGACGCAGGACGAGCGAGCGACCUGUCGGUGAUUCCACUCUUCUCCCCGGGACGUUUACACAAAGCUGCUCCUCCUCUUCGUCGGAUUAGUUUCUCUUCCUCACCUUCGAGACUUGGGAUCUCGAGUCUGUUUCUGGAGCUUUCACCCACUUGGUGCCGUCUUCCUCUGGGAUUUAAAGACCAUGAUACGUGGGUGAAAGCUCUGGCACUGAACCGACUCUCCCCCUGUUAAUGUUAAUAUCUCUAAAUCUAAAUAUAUCAAUUCUGAUUCCAGUCUCAAGGUUCAGAGGUGACGGUCAGACCUUCCUCUUCCUCAUCUUCUUCUUCUCGUCUCUGUCCUCGUUCCAGUGUAGAAGCGGCUGUAGGAUCUUCUCUCCUCUGUGAGGAGACGCAGACGCUCGACUUCACCCGCACACACACACAGACAAACACACACACACACACACACACAGGAAGCCAUACUGACUCAAUACAGCCUUACCAUUCCGUCGUGACCCUCCUCAUCCUCCAGAGCUCGACAUUUCAUUUUGGUGUUUUCUACGCCAACGAUCUCUCCGGACGCCGCACAGAACUGUAGCCAGAUUAAAUCCAGUUUUAGUCUUUAGUGCCUUCACUGUUGAAAAGGGAGAGACGGCUCAAACACAGACACACACACACACACAGACACACACACACACACACAAACACACACAGACACACACAGACACAAACACACACAGAGGAGACGAGUUUGAUAACGUAGCUUUAAGUGACGUUCCCACGCCUCACAUGAGGAUUAUACCAAAACUAGACCCGGACUAAAGGAUUUUUUUUUAUUCUGAUAUUCAGUUGAAGCUUCACAGCAGCACAAGAGUCGGUGGGGGGGGGGG